UUCACUUUCCUCUCUCCUCUUUCUUUCACCCUUUUAGCCUGUCCGAUACGCCUCUAAAACGAGGCCUCGCACACCGGCAGCUACUCCCGCAGCAGCACGAGUGCAAUGGUGCAACGGUACUAGCAGCACAGCGACGUCGGGGAGUGUGGGGGGUGGGGGUGACGGCCCGGGGGGCGAUGACGCUACAGCUGGACCCGCCGGCGCCGCCCGCGCGGCGCUCGACGUCGACGAUCUGCGACCUGCACCCGGGCGAGUCGUUCACUGGCUUCUGCGCCGCGUGCCUGCGCGAGCGCCUCGUGGGGCUCGAGGCGUCCGCCGCCGCGUCCGCCGCACCCGGACGCAAGUCCACCUCGGCCAUCCGGUCCCUCUUCGCCAGGCCGUUCGGCGCAGGCGGCUCGUCCGCGUCCGGCGCGGCAGAGCCGCCGGAUCUCCGGCGGUGCAAGUCAUUCUCGUGCGGCCGCGGCGGGGACGCGCUCGCCGCUGCGGUGGCGGCGGGAACCGCCAGGGCGGAUGAGCCUCAGCGACGUUCGUGUGACGUGCGGGGGCGCAGCAAGCUGUGGGCGCUGUUCCACCAGGACGACCGUGACCGCGUCCGCGACGGCACGGCAUUUGGCGCGUUCCCGGCCUCAUCCUCAACGGCCGAGGCUGCGCUUGCCGCCGAUGUCCUGCCCCAGACGCAGCCACCAUGCUUCCCAGACGAUUUCUUGGAGGAGUACAUCCCCGUCGUCAUGGAGUCCGACGAGAUAAUCCCGGUGGUGGAGCCCGUCAUUGCGAUGGACACCUCCGGGGAGAUGGAAGCCGAACUCAAUGCGGCUCCAGAAGGUAAGGCCAUAAAGGAUCACAUUGAUCUCGUAUCGUCGCAGUCCAAGAAGGCUUCACCCAAAGACCUGAAAGAGAUCGCCGGGAGCUUCUGGGUCGCCGCCUCCGUGUUCAGCAAGAAGUGGCAGAAGUGGCGGCGCAAGCAGAAGCUCAAGAAGGAGGCUGCCGUGAGCAAGGCCGCGGCAGCGGCAAUGCCUCCUCUGGAGAAGCCCUCCAAGCCAUCAUUCCUUCGGCGGCGUCGCCUCCGAGGUGAGGCCGGCUCGGAGCUCGCCGGUGGCCGGCGCUCGUGUGACACCGACCCACGUUUCUCCCUGGACGCCGCGCGCAUGUCCGUUGACGACGCUGGCUUCUCGUGGGACGAGCCCCGAGCAUCCUGGGACGGAUACCUGUUUGGUGCCGGGGGUGGCAUUGGCCUCGGCCGCGCGCCUCCGCCGCUCUCCCGCCUCCCUCCCAUCCUGUCCGUCCUGGAGGACAACCCGGCCGACAUCAUCGAGCGCUCCGACGGCCAAAUCCCCGUGGAAGACGACGGUGACCCCGACGAGCCGCCAGGUGGCUCCUUGCAGACUAGAGACUACUACUUCGACUCCUCCAGCAGGAGGCGCCGGAGCCUGGAGCGCUCAAGCUCCGUGCGCAGGCCAUCCUUCGAAAUCACCGACCAAAGACUAGCGCCCGCCGUGGCCAAUGGGAAGGAGUCCCCCAUCGGCGGCUCAGAAUUCUACCAUUUCCACCACGCGGAGGACUUGCUCGACCGCGGCUUCAGCUCCAACUCCCUCAUCGAGGACAUCUCGGCCAGCUUGGAGGCGGCCCUGUCCGGCCCCGCCAAGAAGCCGCGCGGGUGGCGCAAGGCGUGGAGCCUCUGGGGGCUCAUCCACCGGCGAGCCGCCGGGCGCAGGAGCGGCGGCCCGUCCGACAUCGCCGACCGUUCGUUCUCGGAGCCGUGGCCGGACCUGCGCGUCCGCGGGGCCAACCCCAAGAUGCAGCGGUGCAACAACAACCAGAGCGCGCGCAGCUCGUUCAGCAGCAACAGCGGCGGCCUCGGCAGCUCCAGGCGCAGCUACGUGGACGCCAACGGCAACGUGAAGCGGAGGGAUCAAGAGCACGUGCAGCUGGAGCGGAACCGCAGCGCGCGCUACUCGCCCGGGCGCGCCGCGGACAACGGAAUGCUGCGGUUCUACCUGACGCCGAUGCGGAGCGGCAGCGCGCGGCGCGGAGGCGGCCUGCCGAGCAAGGCCGGGCCCGGGCGGCCGCUGGCCACGCAGUCGUUCGCGCGCAGCGUGCUCCGGCUGUACUAAGCUAUGCCAUGCACGACGCCGGCAGUCAAGUUCCUGUGUUACUCUGGUCAUAGCCAUAAAUCUUGUAUUGUAAGAUGUUACUAGUUUUUUUUUUCAUGGAUGUACUGCUAAAUUUGGA